GUGAUUCUGUCCCUCCUGUUCUCUCGCCCCUUCCCCCACCGCGCGUCGCGAAGCACCAUACCAUACCACCUGCAAGGCGAUUGGUCAGUUCAGAGACAGGUCAAACGGCAACACAUCGGUUAGCGUCUCUGUCACAUUUAUCUCGCGUUUUGGAGUUGGUUCGAACUUGUCGUCGGUCACGUCCUCAGACAUAUAUCCUCGGUUCACGGGAAACCACGUGUGUGCCGCGUACGCGUUCUGAUUUCGCGUGUGAAUAGAGUACAACACCGAGUCCGCUCCGCUCGGACUGGAAACGCCGAAUUCCAUCGAGUUUUGACCGCGAGCUUUUCAAACGGUGCCACAUUAUGCGCCACGGUGACGCGAGUGUAGCGGAGUGUUUUGACACGAGCGUGGCGCGGUGAUUUCUGUGAGAGAUCGCGUCCGAUGAAUGAAGAGGAGACUGGGCCCCGUCGCAAACGAAGCGGAAGGAUAGAUUGUCCAGGAUGCAAACCGACCCAAACGCAGGACUUGGUCUUGCUGUUGUGGCAGGGGAUGUCCUUGCUCUGCGAGGAACGGGACUAGCCGCUGCCGAAACAUGGGCCCUCCUGUGCCAGGCUGCCCAGGCCCUCCAGGACCUCUUCCUCUCGAGAAUAGACGGUGGUGUAGUGGGUGGUUCGAGAGCUGGACCAGUGGUGACUCUUCACACGUUAGAAUUGACACCACGUGGUAGGGUGCUGCUACAACUCGCACCGCCCGAAACCGCUCGAGCGUAUCUGCCGCCUGAAUAUCGACCGGGUCGUGUAUAUUCAGACACCGACUCAGAAAAGAUGUGGAUGUACUCUCUAGGAAGAGCAUUAUUGGACACAACCCCGCGAGUCGCGGCACUGACGGGAACGGUUUCCGUUUCACCCUCGUCGGCGCUCCAGUCCGUUCUAGCUGCCAUGACGGAACCCGAUCCCCGAAGACGUGCCUCAUUGAUGAAUCUCUUGGACGUGAUCUCCGAGUACUGUCGCACCCGUCUGCAAUCAAAACCCUUCACCCACAUAGUAAUGGACAUGUACCGGGAGGUGGUGAAGUCCCCGCAAUACGCGGCCCGGAAGCGUAUAAUCUAUCAACACUUGAACCCUCCGCCACCACUGCGCAACUCUUCGGAAAGGUCAGAUCAGAACCGUCAUCAGAACUAUCCUCAUCACCAGCAGCCACCUCCGCACCACCUCGACCCCCUUCAAUUAAUCCAUAGCCAGGUGACGACUCGUCAUCAUCAGGACCGGGCUUAUCACGCGCCUAAUCAGUUCAAUCCUCCUCCAAGGCAGUCUCAUCCGGAUCGAAUCCAGCGAACUUCGAGCCAGUUUCAGGUGCUCCAAGACGGUCAACACUCACAGCAGCAGCAACAUAUAUCCAAAGCGCAUCACUUCCCGCAUCAUCAUCCAACGAAGGGAGCUCUGUUCAAGCUGCAGUCGCAGAAUUCACACUCGCACCCUAAUCUGACCAGCUUAUGCGGUCAGUCGUCUCAGUCGAAUCGUUGCCCGGAAGCUAACUCGAAGGACCACCGGACGCAAUUCCAAUCGCAGAUGAACGUCCAAGCGAGCGGGCACCAUGUCGUUACCGGGAUUCAUCAUCAGCGCAAGCACCACCACUCCAGAACGUACUCCCAGCCGAUCUACACGAGGCUGCAGCAUACGAGGAGCAGUGGCAACCUGCCGACGACCAUCGUCUGUGAAAAUAAUUCCGGCGGGAACGUCUACAGCGACCCUAUUUACGCGCAGCCCGUUAAGCCCUUCCUGAGCUCCCAAGACGUCCGGGUAAACGGACUCACCAUGAAGCCACCUGUCACUCAUAACGAGGAUGUUUACGCAGCUACGACGAUUGCAAGGCGACCGUCAGGCGCUGGUUAUUCUCAUCCAGACAUAGCAACGUCGUCGUCGGAACGCGUGCGAGAAGAGGUUUACGGUAAAUCAACGGGACGUACGAAUCCCUCGUUGCAGAGGCAAUGCUCAAAUCCUCAGCUGCCCAGCAGGGAUCAACAGGAAGAGGAUUUCAAGCGACUUCCGGAGCAGAAUUUCGUGACGGUUGAUCACAGGUAUCUGGCGACAAAACGGAAAGAGGAGCAGAUAGAGCAACAACAAAAUCCAGUGUCUUCCAUGAGGGUCAGAAGUGUUCAAGGACCCCCGAAACCGCCGCGUAUAAUCACCACUUUGAAAAAAGCACCAUUCUCCGACGCGGAGAGCAGCAAGUCGGAACCACCUGCCAAACCGCCUAGAAAUCUAAUAAAGAAUGGACCGAGAGCUCGUCGCGGCAAAGCGGUUCAAAGAGCGCCUUCCCGGCUCUACAGAACAGUAGGCGGACCUAUGAGAUCGUUCAACAAAGCGCAGUGCAUUGGUCCUGAAUUUGUGGUGCGUGCCAAUCAGCCACCAAAGACGUUGUGUGUCGGACAAGUAAGGGUAAUGAUACCUUUGGUUUCCUUUCUAUGUAAUAUCUUUCUUUUUAUAUGUUACAUGUAUCUUUUACUUUAUAAAUUUCUUUUACAUAUUACACAAGAAAAUAGAAGUAGACGGUACUAA